UCACGUUCAGAGGUUUGAAACGUUGGAGCAAGCACUUUUGGUGAAAAGGGCUUUAUGGAAAAGUAUUAUGGUAUUUGCUCCUGUCCCGAUGAAACCCUUUCAAGUGAAAGGAGAUAGUUCUUUGUGGUAUCUUGCUUUAGUCACAAAAGGGUGUUCCUUGGAAACAUCCAUAUCCAAAGGCAAACUCAAUCAACCCAAUACUUUAUUCAUAUCAGAUUAUUUUAAAACUGUGAUAAGGGAUAUAAUUACAUCUGCUUUGCUCCUCUUGGCAUCUCAAGUAAGGUGUCGUUUUGAGCUUGACUCUAUUUUCAUAGAGGAGGAGAGAUUUCCGUUGUCCUAUGGUGUUUGUACCAUUGAAUUGGUGCCCAAGUUCGUGAGAUUUGAUGUACAAGGUGAGUAUCAAAUUGAUGACCUUCGGGUACGCACAAAGUUGAAGACUCUUUUGCUGGAGAUCAUGAGUCGAUCUCGUAUUGGGGCUGGUCCAGAAGCAGAAUUUGACCUUUUCUUGAAGACUUUCACCGACGGUCGUAAAAAUAUGGAUUUAAAGCCUAAUAUGAAAGUAUAUACUACAAGACUUCCUACUGAAUGGUAUUACAAUGUGCUGUUUGCAUCGAAGGUUGAGCGCAUGGAAUUGAUUGAGCGCUUAUAUGAACUCUUCAAUGGAUCUGAAAAAUAUGUUGUUUAUUGUGAGGAGACUAAAGAUGCUUUUGGAAAGGAUUGGGAUAAGAAACUGUUAAGUCUAUAUUAUCGUUUAAUGGCAGAUGAGAGCUGGAAGAGAGAUGGUUCGAACAAUUUUAUAAAGAAAAAAGACAUGUCCUUUUGGGGGGAAAAUGCAGAAGAUGUCGAGAUGAAGCGUUGCAUUGCAAGCAUAAGAGAAAUGUACCGCAGUUUUGUGAACUUUGAAGAACGCCACGAGGAGGCAGAAUUGAAAAGGGUUGACAUGCUUGUAGAGUUAGUGCAUGAAAUAUUCCCAUGUCACAUUGCCGCAUUAGCUCGAGGAGCAUCUAAAAUGAGGUGGCCUCUAAUUAUGGAUUUUGGAAGAUCUACAAUGCACUGGCCUAUAUCUUGCGAACUGACAGAAGGUUUGCGUAUAGAUCCCAUAUUGCUAAUUUAAUAUGAAAACUUAUGUUGAAUCAGCAAAGUUAUGAUUUGGCUCUCCUUUGUGGAUCCUUGAUGUAUUUUGUU